UUGAAAUCUUUACCUGUUUGUUCAUCCAACUCUUUUUCAUUCCCUUCUCUUUAAAACACUCUUACUUAUGAUGAUUUUCCUAGCUCAAAUAUUCUUGCCCAUUUUAAUCUCGGUUAGCAAUGACUUCUUGCACCCUUACACGUUUAUAUUAGACCGCGAUUUCCUCCAAACAAACACAAUAUUCAUACUAAGUUUCAUUUCAUUUACUAGCUAGAGAUUGAUGCUAAGUAUGAAGUUUGUGGUGACAUUAACGUUGGUGAUUGUAACGAUUUUAGGUUGUGUCAUCGACGGGUAUAAUUGUAGGAUUGUACAGUUUAUCUUUGGGGAUUCGCUCUCGGAUGUGGGAAAUAAUGAGCAACUCCCUAAAAGUCUAGCAAAAGCCAAUCUUCCUUGGUAUGGUAUCGAUUUUGGUAACGGGUUGCCUAAUGGAAGGUUUACUAAUGGUCGUACCGUGUCUGAUAUUAUAGGGGAUGAUAUGGGUUUGCCAAGGCCACCGGCUUUUUUGGAUCCAAAUUUGGAUGAAGAUACAAUUUUGAAUAAUGGUGUUAAUUAUGCAUCUGGUGGUGGUGGCAUUUUGAAUGAAACUGGUGGUUAUUUUAUUCAAAGGCUAUGUAUGUACAAGCAAAUCGAGCUGUUCCAAGGAACUCAAGAGUUGAUUGCUCGAAAAAUUGGCAAAAAUGAGUCACGAAAAUUCUUUGAAGAAGCUCGUUAUGUGGUUGCAUUAGGAAGUAAUGACUUCAUUAACAACUACCUAAUGCCAGUCUACAGCGAUUCUUGGAAGUAUAAUGACAACUCUUUUAUGGACUAUUUAGUUGGAACCUUAAGAGAUCAACUCAAGAUAUUGCACGGUCUAGGAGCUAGAAAGUUGAUGGUAUUUGGGCUUGGGCCCAUGGGCUGCAUCCCACUACAGAGGGUGCUCAGCACAUCAGGGGAAUGCCAAGAUAAAACAAACAAGCUAGCCAAACAAUUCAAUGAAGCUACAGACAAGAUGAUGCAAGAACUCUCAACAAGUCUCACUGAUGCUACCUACAAAUUUGGUGACGCCUUUGAUGUUGUUGACGAUGUCAUCAAAAAUCCAAACAGAUAUGGUUUUACAAAUUCAGACUCGCCGUGUUGUUCAUUUGGACGAAUUAGGCCAGCUUUGACAUGUGUACCAGCAUCAAUAUUGUGUAAGGAUAGGAGCAAAUAUGUAUUUUGGGACGAGUAUCAUCCGAGUGAUAGUGCAAACAUGAUCAUUGCUAAGGAGCUCAUCAAGAAGUUCAAGUUUACGAGGGUUAAUGAAGACGACAAUGGCGAAGGCUCUCCUUCCCCUGCACCUGCAUUAGGCCCUGUUGCUGAUGCUCCCACGGGUGCUGCUGAUGCACCCUCAGCCGCUGAUGCUCCCUCUGGUGCUGAUGCUCCUUCUGCUAGUAGCUAAUCAAUUCUUGUAGCAAUGGAGUGCAUUUUCAAGUCUAAGUAUACUAUGAUUAUUAUUGAUGUGGUAUGUUAUUGGUAGGUCAACAAAAAAAGGUUCAUAAGUUGAGGUAUUAUUCAUUUUGUACACAUUUGGUGGAAUUUUAGUUCUUUACUGUUUGUCUUUUCACUGAUAUGUAGGAAAUGAAAAUUAACUAUAAUAUAUAAGUAUAUAACUUGCAUAA